AUGGCAAGCAAGAAAGCAGCAGUCGAAUUGGCAUCCAGGUUACGACCCCGUUUCAUGGCAUCAGGACGACAACCUUUGCUUCGCCAGAGACUCUGGGGCGCCAAGCACUUGUCAGCGUGGACACUCUACAACGCGGGACGCAACUAUGGCUGGCCUCGAGUAUACCGUCGUCUCUUGGAACACAAUCGACGUUUCAAUGGAGCCAAUCCUGCCCUACAAAAGCAGACUCAACAACUGAUUCGGCUGGGAUUGGAAGCGCCCGUGCAAUUUGCUGCGCAAAUAGCCGCACAAGCACAAAUCAUCAUGCCCUUUUUGAACAAGCUGGUGGAACGAGCCACUCCCAAUGUACCGUCCUUCUUGGUGGCCAUGGCCAAAUACAUAGUCAACUCGCAGAAACCAGUCAAGAUUAUGCAAGACUUGGCGUCGUCCGCAGCCAAAAGAGCACCCAGCAAGUAA